GCUGUUUGUCUAUUUUGGAAGAAAGCUUGGAAUGCUUAUAUGCCAAUAUCCACCUCUCAGAGACUUACAGUAUGAUGACGAAUUGGAAAGCAUCCCAGAGUUUUGUUUGCUGACUUCUCUCUUGCUGAAUUCUUUCUUUUUUCCUGCUCACGUUUCAGAGGCGCCAGUGGACUUAGGAUCAGUGGAAGAGGAGGAGAAACAGAUAGAGAGGGGUAGCUGGAAGUAUAUAAAUGCAAGGGGGAGACACAUCAAAAGUUUUUUUUUUUAAUUUAAAAUUACAUAGUACCUUAUGUGCCAUUGUUUUGACUGGAGUCUCACCAGUUGACUGUGACAAGCUUGAACCUGAAAGUGAUUUAACAUUUUACAAUGGAUCAAAGGAUAACCAAAUUUCAUUUGCUCCUCCUCCCCCUCCUCAUGGUCUGCACCAUAUGUUCGGUAGCAGUGGGCAACCAUACAGGGAGGAUCAAGGUGGUCUUCACACCCACCAUCUGCAAAUUAACCUGCAUUGGAGGCAGAUGUCACAACAACUGUGAGCUGGGAAACACCACCACCAUUAUCAGUGAGAAUGGCCAUGCCACAGACACCCUGACAGCACCCAACUUCAGAGUAGUGGUGUGUCACCUUCCCUGUAUAAAUGGUGGCAAGUGCAGCACCAGGGACAAGUGUCAGUGCCCUCCCAACUUUACUGGAAAGUUCUGCCAGAUGCCAGUUCAGAAUGGGCACCAGCAGCACCAGCAGCACACCAGCAGGCGGCAGGCGGCUACAGCCAAACCCAGGUCCACUCCACACACACACUGCCACUGACCUACAGCAACGGCCAGA